GUUUGAGUUUCUCAGAGUGCAGACUGCAGAGAUCCUCAGACCCUGCUGAAGCUCUCUGAUCUCUCUUCAGUAAAAAGGCCUCACACAGAAGCUGUGACUGCAUGUCAGGAUAACAGGAUUUUUAUAAAUGUCGCGGCAGACAGAACAGGAGAGAUCCUCCUCUGACUGGAAAGACAUUUUCACCCUGAGCGAAGCUAAAAACAGACCAGACAGAACACACAAAAAUCAGUUAAUUGUGGCCUCCAUUCUCCUCUAGAAAGCGUCUUGUUUUUGAUAAUACUUACAUUUGGCGUGAAAAAGUCGCAGCGGGUUGAAGUGGCAGUAUUGCAGUUUUAGUAUUCCAACUUAUUGUCUGUUUUCCAACCUGUGUCGUCUCUCUGUUUGUUUCCGGUGAAUCAGGUUCUGUAAGAGGCGGAGCUUCAUCACACCGUUUCUAUGAAAUGACUCAAUAACUGAGACCAGAGUUAGUCAGAUCAUCCAUCCAUCAUGGCGUCCACUCUGGGUGCUGUGACAGCAGGAAGCAGGCCGGUGUUUUCCAUCGAGCGGAUUUUGGAUUUGGAGCCGGAAAGACCUGGAAACUGUCUGAAACUCCAUCGACCCUGGGCAGAGGUCGGAGCAGAGAAGGAGAACAAAGGGAACAGUUUCCGUUCUAAACAACAACACUGUCAUAAACAACAACAACAACAACAACAACAACAUCCUCAGCAGCUCAACUCGACCAGGCCGACAUCUAACUGGUAUACAGGACGCAGACCACGCACUGCCUUCACCAACAACCAGGUGAAUGUAUUGGAGACAGUGUUUCAGGUGAACUGUUAUCCAGGUAUCCAGCUGAGGGAACAGCUAGCAGGGAAACUCGACCUGGACGAGGACCGAAUACAGAUCUGGUUUCAAAACCGGCGGGCCAAGCUGAGGCGUUCCCUCAGAGAAACGCGACUGCGGCUGGUCCAGACGGCUGUAGCCGACCUCAGGGUCAAACACGAGGUCAGAGGUCAGCUGAAAGCCAAGAGGGACGUGCGAGGUGAACUUGAGUUCGCCCAGCGGCUUGCCUCUCAUCUUCAGCUUGAAGUUGAAGAGGAGGAAGAAUGAUGCUCAUGAACUCAUCCUGUUUCUGAUCAUGUACAAGCAAGAUCAGCUGUUUACUUGUAAAUUUACUAUCCGCACAUCAUCAGCUUCUUCCAGCUUCUUCCUUCCUUCCUUCCUUCUAAACAUUCAUGCAAAAACACAACUGUGGAAAACAAAUGGUGACAAAUGAAAGUCACAGUUUGCUUACAAACCGGGUCAUAUCUUGAUCUUGAUUAUUAACACAUCCUAACUGAUCAUUUUUGGCUUUUUGAAAUCCGUAAUUAUCUGGAUUUUUAAUAAACAUGAUUUAAUGUUUAAUUGAGCUGACAUAAAAAGGAUUCCUCUAACUGUGAAGCAUAUGAGGAAGCAUGCCAUGUUGUCCUGAAGAUUCGGCAGAUUGGAGAUCAAACUUUGUUUUAAGAUCUGCUCGGGGUCAGCGUGUCUCACUCCUUCUCUCUCUUUAAUAUUAAAAUGUCUUAAUAUGUGAAUAGGUUUCUGUUUUCUAAGCUGUACAAAGUAU